AUGUACGCCUCAGCAAAGAGAUUAAUUACACUGCUGGCGGUAUGGCUUCUGGCGCUCGUCAGCGUCAGCCUGUCGGCAGCGCUGCAAGCGCCCCUUCGCCAGUGCAACCUCCCUCUUGGCGACAAACCCUUCGCAACUGCAACCCCAGAAGAAGUCGGGCUGUCAGCCGACGAGGUUGCGGCGGCUCUGGCGUACGCUAAUCUUCACGGCCGUUUCGCGGUACAUAUCUUUCGAAACAACUGUCUCGUUGGCCGCGUUGACGCACUCACCGACAACAUACCCGUGCAGAUCUUUUCCGUGACGAAGUCGAUCACGGCAAGCUGGACAUUGACCGUCGGGGACUAUCUGCCCGAGGCGCCCAGCUGGGGGGAUGCAGCGCAUCGCGCCAUCCUGGUGCGGCAGAUCCUCACCGAGACGUCGGGCACGCAAGAGGCCAUUCUUUCAGAGCUUCUCACGGUGGGAAUCGAUUCGAGCGCCGUGCUAGAAGUCCACGGUCCACCACUGGUCGCGGUCGAGAAGAACCUGUUUCGCGGCUUCUACUCUAUGUCGCCCGCGAAGGCAUCUAAGCGGAAUCCAGAAGGGAAAUCUAUCAUAGCAUGCGUUAUGCUGGAAUUCUCCAGCUCAUGA